UUUGCGGCAUCUCUGUCUUUGCGUUCGAGUUGUGCAGAAGUAGAAUAACAAAACACCAAGGGCUGCUAUAAUUAUCGCCGCUGCUACACAUGUGACUGUUAAUUCUACGAUGUCGACUUCAACCAUCUUUCUUUCUGUUUGUGUUCAGUUUCCAACACCAGAUUCCUCUUUGUAUAACCAAAAAUAAAUCUAUAGGACCACCGUAUACGAUGGUAUUCUCGUUGAGACUGUAGCAUAAUCCGUUACGACCGUACUUUCGUGUCCAUGUCAACGAGUUUGACUUAAUUAAACCCUUUCACCUGUUGAAGCGGAAAAGACAUGUCCCACGACCGCCAUCUUAAGUCGGCCCAUAAUGCAAUUCAAUAUUGCAAACCGGAACCAGUCGUUGCCAAACAAACAAAAUGGCUGAAGAGCAGGAGGUGUCUAGAGCUGCGUCCUCACUUUCUCCGAAAACCACCGUCAAGGACUUACAAUUUAUUAUAACUGAGCCUGCUGGUGGUUUCUAUAUGAUGCCUAAUGAUGCUUACAACGAAGUUUUCAACGGAAUCUUCAUUGGCGAAGCAUCAACGGCCAUGAAUGAAGGGGAGCUACAAGACCUUGGCAUCACCCAUAUACUGAAUGCCGCGCAUGGAAACAAGUAUUACCACGUCCAAACAGGCCCUGAUUAUUAUAGGGGAUCUGGCAUCAUCUACCAUGGCAUACCUGCCAUGGAUAUGUUCACUUUCAAACUUGACCGCUAUUUUGACGAAGCGUGCGAUUUCAUCGCCAAAGCGGUCGGAACCAAGAACUCUGAAAAGCUUAACGGGAAGAUUUAUGUCCACUGUAAGGAGGGCGUUAGCCGAUCCGCAAGCCUUGUCUUGGCCUACUUAGUGAGAGAUCAAGAAAUGGAACUUAAGGAGGCGGUGAGAAUCGUGCGGAGCAAGCGAGAAAUUUCACCUAACGACGGCUUUCUUCAACAAUUGAUAGAUUACUCGAGUAAGCUCGGAAGAGCCUAAAUAAUUAGCGGCAACUCUCUUCUUGUAAUUGCUUUAAAAAUAUUUAUGUAUUAACGGAGAGAAAUGAAACAGAUGUUGUGUCAUCGAUACAAUUUGUUAAGUAAUAUAUUUACAUAUUUGUAAAUUUAGAGCAGAAUAAAGCACUCAUGUGUAAAUCUAAUGA